ACAUGGCCGUAGCUAGUGGCUUGCCGAGAAGAUAGUGUGGCCUGCAGCUACAGAUGCCGCCCAAGAAAGCACGCUACAAUGACAAGGCGCGCGCAGGCAUGCUUGCCAAGCAACAGGCUUUGCGCAAUGCACGGCGCCAUGGCAGACACAAUGACGAACCGGAAGUGGUGCCAAAGAGCAAGAAGCAGAAGCGCCUUGACAAGUAUAUCGAGCGAAAGCUACGGGAUGAUGAAAAGGUCAAGCUGAUGGGGAUCCUGAGUAAGCAGGAAAAGAGUGAGGGCAUGGCUUCUUCGAGAAUGCUCAAGCGCACCAAGGGGCAACAAAAGAAGGAAUCCUUUGAGCCCUUUGCUGGCUUCAGUGGCAGCGAAUCGGAAGAGUCUUCUCCCAGUGAAGACGAAUCCUACCUGAAAACAGAAAAGCCUGAAAAGAUUGCCCCGAAUCAGAGUGGUUUUUCAAAAGCGGCGGUUGUAACUAUCAGCAAGAAGCGAAAGCGACCUGCGCUCAAGUACAAUUGGCGAGCAAAGCUAGAAGAGGAGAAGCGGAGGAAAACUGGGGUAUCAUCGGACGAGGGCGAUUCGUCUGAAGGCUCUGAGGCAACCUCUUCAUCUGAAGACGAAGCCCAAUCAGUGAGCUCAGGGAUAGAGGAGGCCACAGAGUCUACGACAUUCAAAGAAUGGGCUCUCGAACAGACUGAUAUGAAACCACAGAAUCAAGUUCUGUCUGCCCCAACAGACUAUAAACACACUCCCAGAAGAGCGUCGCGAUCGCCGGAGCCUAACGAUAUUAGCGAUUUGGCAGCUCCAGACCUAACGCCUGUUCUUGUGACUAGGCCUACUGACCUAGAAGAGUCAAGAGCCCUCUUACCAGCAUUUGCACAUGAGCAAGAGAUUGUUGAGAAGAUCAAGACCCAUUCAACAGUCAUCAUCUCUGGUGCAACAGGUUCCGGAAAGACCACACAGGUACCACAAUUUCUCUUUGAAGCUGGAUUCACUGGGAUUGGUGUAACGCAACCACGUCGAGUUGCCGCUGUGAGCAUGGCUCGUCGCGUUGCUGCUGAACUCGGUGAUCGUGGAGCAGCUGUUGGCUACCAAAUCAGAUUCGAUUCCAACGUCAAGGCAAGUACGCAAAUCAAAUUCAUGACGGAUGGUGUGCUUUUGCGAGAGCUUGCUCUCGACUUGACGCUGAGCAAGUAUCAAAUUCUCAUCAUUGACGAAGCGCAUGAACGGUCCAUCAACACAGAUAUCCUCAUUGGCGUCCUCUCGCGGGUCAUUCGACUGCGAAAGGAUACGGCAUCGCCACUACGACUGGUCAUCAUGAGUGCCACGCUCCGUGUGUCUGACUUUGCAAACAACACGAGGCUUUUUGCAGUGCCGCCUCCAAUCUUGUCCAUUGAAGCCAGGCAACAUCCAGUCGGCAUCCACUUUUCAAGACGCACAGAAAUGUCGAGUUAUGUGGAGGAGGCAUGUAGCAAGGUUGUCAAGAUCCAUGACAAGCUACCACCUGGUGGUAUCCUGGUCUUUUUAACUGGUCAACAAGAGAUUGAACAGUGCGCCAGACUCUUGCAGGAAAAGUUUGGAUCAAAAGCCAAGUCUUUUGUUAAUAAGACGCAGGUCAAGUUGCAGCCAGAAGAGAUUAUGCUGGAAACGGAGGAUUUUGAGAUUGAUGCGCCAUCGGCCGACGAUUACGAUGGCGAUUCCGACUUGUCUGAUAUCGAGGAGACAGAGCAAGACAAGGCAUUAGCAAAGGAUUUGAAGACUAUGAAGCACGUCCAGAUCCUUCCACUCUACUCGCUUCUGCCUACGACUGAACAGAUGAGAAUUUUUGAGCCAGUGCCCGCACAAACCUGCCAAAUUAUCCUCGCCACCAAUGUAGCAGAAACGUCGCUGACGAUUCCUGGUAUCCGCUAUGUGGUCGAUUCGGGACGAGCUAAAGAAAAGGUGUUUGAUGGUCGCGUUCAGUCUUUUCAGGUUGGCUGGAUCUCAAAGGCCUCCGCUGACCAGCGUUCAGGUCGUGCUGGACGAACAGGACCUGGGCACUGUUAUCGCCUCUUCUCAGCUGCCGUGUACGGCGAUCAAUUUGUUCAGCAUGCUGCACCAGAAAUUCUGCAGGUUCCAAUUGAAGGCGUCGUCUUGCAGAUGAAAAGCAUGAACAUCCAUACCAUUGUCAAUUUCCCCUUUCCCACAGCGCCAGACAGGCAGGCACUCUCACAGGCUGAGAAAUUACUACAUGUCCUUGGUGCAUUGCGCACGGGCAAAACGACGACUGACCCAAUGACCAUUACAGAGAUUGGCAGAACCAUGUCGCUGUUCCCACUCACACCAAGAUUUGGCAAGAUGCUCGUGCUUGGCAAUCAACAGCCAGGUCUACUAGCCUAUGUCAUUGCACUUGUCUCUGCUUUAUCGGUAGGUGAGCUCUUCUCACGACAAGACAACGUGGAAGGCGAAGCAGACGAGCGUAAUGAGGCGAAGCAAGCUUAUGGGCGUGCUAUGAACCAGCUAUCGGGCCAAUUUGACUACGCCGGAGAUGUUUGGCGAUCUCUCGCUGCCGUCUGCGCAUACGACUAUGCGUCCGACAAGAAGGACUUUUGCCGCGAGUUUUUCGUUCGACACAAGGCUGCGGAGGAGGUGUGCAAGCUACGCUUACAACUCACACGCCUGGUGAAUACCUUAUUGGGUAAGAACGCCAUCUCAUCAACGCUCCGCCUCAAACCACCGACAAGUGCGCAAAAGCACUUGUUGAAGCAGAUCUUGACUGCCGGAUUCAUUGACCAAGUGGCAAGACUUGAAGCGCCUUCCGCCAAAGCUGUCCGCGGCAAUUUGCUCAAAGCACCGUAUGCGCCACUUGUACCCAUUGAUGGGAGUCCAGACAAUAUUGCAUUUGCGCAUCCAGCCUGCUACACAUUCCGAAAGCUCCCUGAAGCACCGGAAUUUGUGCUGUAUGCGCAGCUCACCCAAGCUGCGUCAGGCACCUUGACUGAAGACGGCGAUGAGAAGCAAUCGCCCAUGCGUUUACAAGUCUUGUGUCCAAUUGAUGAAGAGGUCUUGCUGGCUGCAGCGCAAGGUACGCCAUUACUCAAGUUUGGUACACCGUUGGAUUAUCCACCACCUACCAUGCUGCCCAUUGCGCAGAAUCGUCGGCGCAGAGAAGUCUACGUUGUGCCGAGAAUUGGGGUCGCUGGGAGUGGUCGUCGAGACUGGAUGUUGCCGGCCGUCAAACGUACACAGGUCCUGCAGGGAACACGCUGGGUGAAUGAUGACUGACGACUUCUUGUCGAAUAUGUAUAGCGAAAGGUAAUAAUCUUUUAUUUCGGCAGAAG